ACGACGACUCUGACAAAGUUGCGUGUGUGCUUGCUGUGAGUCGCGUCCCGUGCAGGAGCUAGAUCCCCCUGACACCAGUUGCUGGGCGGAGCGGGAGAGAUGGCACUCCAGCCAGUCCUGUGCACAGCGAUGCUUGUCAUUGAGUUAAUUAGUCCCACCCUGACCAUCAAAGGAAACUUUAAUGAAAGACACGUGCAUUAGCAUUCCCAUAUGGAGCUGUGGGGGUGCCAUCUGUCUUGGAGACGCAAACCCGCUAUUGAUUGCUCAAGUGGCGGACAGGCCGUAGAGGGAGGCUGUACGGUCCCUUCCUGCGACGGGGUGACGCGAAGCGGAGCGUGAGGAUGGGGGUGGAAAAGAGUGUAGCGUUGAGGGAGAGGGGUAGGCAAGUAUAUGGGUGGGGAGUGGCUGGAAGUGCGCGUGAGAGAGACUCUGCCAUGGCGGCGGUAUCGGUAUGUCAUUGGCUGCCGCCUCUGCGACAAAGAGGGCCGGUGCCGACAUCUGCAUCAUCCCCCACCCCUUGCUUCUACCACCACAACACACUCACGCCACCCCUUCACCGCGGGACGUCUCGCUGGCACCAGGACAGCGGCCCACAGCCAGGAUCACUUUACCCUUCAUUUCGUUCUCUGUGUCCUUGCCGCCUCCUCCCCCUCCCUCCCAACUCUUCGGCUCUCCCUCCCUUCCACCCUCUUCCACCACACCAAAGUGCCAGAAGCCAGGAGAGUCGCGCUACCUCGGUGCAGAAGCCAGACAAGCUCAAGUGUCGAGACCAUCACAGAACGGAUGUGUCCCCCCUACUAGCUGCCGGAACGGAACACACAGCCAGAUGCUGGCGCACAGGCAGUCCUUGUGAGUAAGGGGACGACGAAGGGCCAGGACUCACGGAGAGUUUGUCACUCAUUUCCCAGUGUCGACGUGAUGUGACAGCCCAAGGCGACGACGACGACGACAAGGACGAGACAAAAGCCCAACACACUCGUAGAUCUACGUGUUGCGGGCGUUGCUGUCGCCCGGCCCGAAGCCUGCUGUGUCUUUUAGGUAUUGAUUUUCGCUCCUCUGCGCGCUCGACCGGCCCCUCCUUUCCCCCUCCUUCCACCUCCCCCCGGUCUGAUUCCAGAAGGGAGCAGAGACAGGACAAAGUCAACAUCUCACGUCCCGCAUCCUGCCUAGGCUCUCUAACCAUCUUCCUUUCGUCGUAGCCCAUAACUUACCCUCCGCCCUCCAAGCCCCCACCCUGCUCCACCCCUUCUUCACCCUCUCUCGACAGCUCCUCCGGGCGUCUCUUUGGCUUUUGGACCCCUCCGCUGACUCGGCGUGGGAAGAGCACGGCAAUGACUUUUGCAGGCCUCUACCAUUGGUCAGCGGUGCCACGCUGUCCAUCUUAGAUACGGGAUGCUGUGUCACUCUGUCAAAUUCUCCGCUGUUCCCUCCUCGCCAAGCCCGCUGUUGCGCUUUCAAGGAAAGUGCUGAAAACUUGCCCGGGCUACGACAACUUUCAACUUCUUCCCAAACCCUUCCCGAACUCAAGGAGUCCCUGAGCCUGCCGGUGACUGGAACAGCAUGCGCCUGACAGGCUAGAGAUGAAGCCGCUAGAGGCGAUCCGCUGCACCCAUCCCAACUGCCCGUGCGAGUGUUUCGCUCCGGGUAAGACGUGCCUGAGGUACUGUGACACCUGUAAUCAUGGAUGGGUUGCCCAUGCGCUGGACAAGCUCGGCUACCAACACGCAUUUAACCUGGGGAUGCAGGUGGAGGUCGUUCAGCCAAACAUCGUGUUCGACAUCGCCAGCCUGAUGCUGUACGGGUCACAGGCCACGCCCGUGCGUCUCAAGAUUCUGCUGGACCGUCUCUUCAGUGUGCUGCAGCAUGAAGAGGUGCUGCAAGUGCUGCACGGUUUUGGCUGGUCUUAUGAAGACUACGCCAGGGGCUAUAUACUGCAGGACAGUGCAGGGAGAGUUUUGGACAAGUGGUCACUGGCCACCCGCGAGGAGGAGCAGGUCAUCCUUCAGCAGUUUCUCCGGUUCGGCGAGACGAAGGCCAUAGCUCAGGAGAUUAUCCUGCAGGAGACCAGGGACAAACAGGAUGCUUACAGCAAGCAGGCCACCAGAGCUGAGUCGGAGAUCAAGAAGUUCAUCGAGCGAAGCAACUUGACCAUGCAAAGCUUCAUGAAACUGGAGCCGCGCCAGAUGUUUGGCGGUCGUCUGCCCUUUAUCUCCCCGCCGAGUGCGCACAUUUUGACGUCACCAAUCAUCACGCAGACGUCAUAUUCGCCGUCACGUGAUAGCGGUGCGCGGCCGCUCAGCCUGACCACGAGUCCUGCAGCGACCUCCACCCCACUGGUCACCCCUCCAAUGAGCCGCCUACAGAACCUGCAGCCUUACGACUUCCGCCGCGACCACAACAACGCCAGUCCCGCCAACAGCCCAAACUCCACGGACAAAGUGCCAGCCGCAUUGCCGGCCUCCUCGGUACCGUCAUCAGCCGUCACGGCAGCUGCAGCAGUAGUGGCGGCAGCGGCAAGCAGCGCAAGUGCCGCACGUCGCUCGCCCAUAUCUGACAGUCCCCGGAACCUGAGUACCACGCCCUCGUCAGUGCACUCGGCGCCUUCGCCGUCUGUGACUCCUCAUAAGAUCGUGACCCAAGAUGGCGACCUAAGCACGGCUGGGUACUCAGGGGACUCGGACGAUGACCAGUCCAUGGGUGCCAUCGACUAUUCUACUCGGGAGGACCCGGACUCGCCGCAGGACCUAGAACGAAAGGCCGCGGCCCGUCACCUGCGCAAAUCCACAAAUCCCAUCAAGCGCCAGUGGAUUCCUUCCGCCAGCUUCGGAAGCACGCUGGUUGGGCCAAACGGUAAGAAAAGAGUUCUGUGCACGGCCUGCAAUAAGACGUUCUGCGACAAAGGCGCUCUCAAGAUCCACUACAGCGCCGUGCACCUGAAAGAAAUGCACAAGUGCACAGUGGAGGGCUGCAAUAUGAUGUUCAGUUCCCGCCGCUCGCGGAACCGCCACAGCGCCAACCCUAACCCCAAACUGCACAUGCCUCAGAAACGGAAGGACAUUCCUGAUGGUGGUGUCCUGAGCGACGAAAACCCCUCUGACAGUUCGCUGAGUGCCCCUCUUGCUACCUCUCCCGCCAUGGUUGUAGCUCCCACACUGGUUGUCGCUGCAGCUCACCGUUCGGCUACAUCGCUAGAGGUCAGCGGCUUGUUGCGUCCGGAUUCUGCCUACUUCAUGGAACUAGGUGCACAGUUUCCCUUCAUUGCACCUCCAGAAAAGCGAAUCAAGAUGGAGAGCCAGGAGACGCCCACUGACCUCAGCAGCUCCACAGUCGGCGCGAGAAUAGUGAGCAUGGAGGUACUGCAAAAUUUUAAGCUUGAGCCACGAAAGGACGAGGAGGAGAUGGUGAUACCAAAGGAAGACGCGUCGCCGAAGAGUGUCGACAACAACGGUUGCCUAGAGGCGGAACUAGACGUUGCCGCAGACGAUGACACAGGAAGAUUGGAUGGCGGAGCUCAAAGAGGUGGCAACAGGCGCAAGAGCAAUGCUCCCACACGGUGUGCCCAGAAGGAGGAACCUCUGGUGCUAAGCGAUGACAAUUCUGAUGACAAGGAGCCAGGCAUCAAGACCGCCGCUGCUGCUGCUGGAAGGACUCGAACCAGAACCCACCGUAGCAGCAAAGGGGAGGGAGAGAAGCAGGUUGAAUCCAAUCUUAUCGCCGAGGCCAACUGUGGCGAUAGUGAGCAUAAUGAAAUGAAUGAAACAGCUGCUGCGGACCAGGAGAAGACCAAUAGUAAUCUGCCACUAGCACUCGAUAAGAAAGGUAAAGGGGCGCUCAACUUCCCUCAGAUCGCUUCACUGCUUCUGGCGUCCAAAGAACUAAGAGAAGCAGACGAUGACGAUUCAGAAAACGAACUGGUCAUCAACGGUGACGCUGACGACGAAGACGAGAAAGCAGCUUCAGACGACGUUACGCGAGAAAAUGACAACGACCACAACCACAACAGCGUUUUGCGGCGAGACGACGACGUCGGUGAUGAGGGAGAGUCGUACGGUUCUGAUCCCUCACGCGAUUCCGAGACGCUAGAAGGCGGAAUGGGAAGCGAAGAAGGUAGCGAGAUGUAUGUGGACAAGGAAAACCCCCGAAAGUGCGCGUUAUGUGGCAAGCUGUUCCAAAACCAGUUCUCCGUGAAGGUCCACUUCCAAAACGUUCACCUCAAGUUGAUGCACGUGUGCACUGUGGAUGGGUGUAGGGCUGCUUUCCCCUCCAAACGCAGUCGCGACCGCCACAGCUCCAACCUCAACCUUCACCGCAAGAUGUUGUCUGGGGCCGAUGCGAGCAUGGACAGCACCGCUGACCCCACCCUGCGUCAGGACAUUCUCAGCACUCUCUACGGAGCGGCUCACUUAGCCAGCACCGGUGUAGCCGUGUCCUCUAGCUUCCCCAAUGGGGUGAACACCACUACCACAGUCCUGCUCCAGAAGCAGCGCUUUGCGAGACGUCGGCCAACAACAGGCUGGGGACGGAAGAAGCAGAUGACAAAAUGUCGGAUGAAAGCGCUGGCGAAGAAAAGAGUGACACGGCUGUGGACGGCCAGGUGGUCCUUGACGGCAACGAGAAAAUGAAGCUCAACAACAACGGCUACAACAGCGAAGAAUACGCCGUCGUGGCAGAAGAGGAUGUAGAGGAGGAGCAGAUCGAAGAAGACGGCGAGCCAGUGACGACUGCAGCAGAAUCUCGCGGCAGCUUUAGACGCGAAGACAUGCCCAUGCAUCGCAAGCCUGUCUGCUGUGGCAUGACCUUCCACACAGAGUCAGCCCUUAAAGAGCACUACAAGCUCCGGCACCCGAGCCAAAUCGUCCCGAAGGCAGCUCGACCUGUUCCCGAGGCUCUGCUUUCCUCUCGUCGGCACCGCAGUCAUAGGCACAAGAAUGGCCUCCAGCGUCUGGUGACCACAGGCCGCAAGAAUAGCUUCUCUUGAAAGCGACUGUCUGUAGCUUCUUCGUGGCACAAGUGUUGAUUCUCUUGCCUUACGUCGCACAUGCUUCGAUCUUGGACUCCCGUGCAUCUCACUUGGAGACACAGCCUUAACGGAUGUAUUCAGUCACAUACCGUCUUCACAAAUGAUAAGUAACGAAAAACAAAACAUAUGACUUGUAGAGAUUCAUGGCUAGUCCUUGUCAGACUCUAGGCAGUGUAGUGGAAAUGGUUCUGAUAUGGUUCUAGUAGAUGCAUGUGCCAUGGCGUCUUUGCAAU